AUGGCUGCUACUUUCACAUAUCCAGCCUCAGCCUAUCUUGUAAGGUGCUGUUCCAUGAGAGAAAGCAAUGACCAGCUUAAGCAACAAUUGAACAGCAGCAUCAGAGUUAAUGGGACUUUUAGAACCCCAAUCAAAGUUGAGUCUCUAAGCCAAACAGCUGAAGCAUCAAGUACCACUACUCUUGGUCAAGCUGUUACCAUUGCUGAAAAUGGCCAACGCCAAAACAUCCCAACAAAGAAGCAAUUGGUUGAUCCUCAUCGUCAAGGACUCAUUGUUGAAGGUGGUGUUGGGUAUCGACAAACUAUUGUCAUUAGAUCCUAUGAAGUUGGAGCUGACAAAACUGCUACACUAGAGAGUAUCCUCAAUCUCCUUCAGGAAACAGCAUUAAACCAUGUGUGGAUGUCUGGACUUCUUGGUGAUGGCUUUGGGGCAACACAUGGAAUGGUGAGGAACGAUCUCAUUUGGGUCGUCUCAAGAAUGCAAGUUCUGAUUGAUUACUAUCCCAUCUGGGGAGAGGUAGUUGAAAUUGACACAUGGGUUGGAGCAUCGGGCAAGAAUGGAAUGCGACGGGAUUGGCUGAUAAGAAGUCAAGCCACAGGGCACAUUUUUGCUCGUGCAACAAGCACGUGGGUGAUGAUGAACCGUAAAACAAGACGCCUGUCCAAAAUGCCAGAAGAGGUGAGAGCUGAAGUUGCCCCUUGGUUCAUACAAAAGCAAGCAAUAAAGGAAGAUGCUCCCGAGAAAAUUGUCAAAUUGGACAAAGAGGCAAAAUACAUGAAUUCUGACUUGAAGCCCAGGAGAAGUGAUUUGGACAUGAACCAACAUGUUAAUAAUGUCAAGUAUGUAAGAUGGAUGCUAGAGACCAUCCCAGACCCAUUUCUAGAGGGCCACCAAUUAUCUGGUAUCACACUAGAGUACAGAAGGGAGUGUGGAAGCUCAGAUAUAGUUCAAUCACUAUGUGAACCUGAAGAAGAUGAAAUACUUCAUGGUGUAGCGGAGCCAGAUUACUGCACAAGUCUACUUAAUGGGUUGUCAUUGGCAUCAUCAGAUAUUAUAAAUGGUGGUGGAGUCCUUACUUGCCUUGAGCAGAGGCCAAUAAGGUAUACACACCUCUUACAAAUCAAAGGAGAGAAACAAAACGAUGAAAUUGUCAGAGGAAGGACAACGUGGAAGAGAAAGCUAUCUACCAUGUCAUUUUCCACCUAG